CAAAAAACGAACACCAGAACCCCCCUAAGGCACCGUCAAGAUCCUGCACCAUACCCAGGUUCAUUAUGUGUAGAACCAAGCCGCGACGCUCAGAUUCACAACAUGUGCGCUCGUGGAGAUCAGUGGAUGCAUCCAAGCUUCUUGAGACGAGGGAUCAGACGAUCGGAUCUUCGAAACGCGCCGGUGUGAGUGUCCUUAUGACAGCCAGGUAAAAAAAGAAAGGGGAUCAGAUGGGGACGGUAUGUACUCCUCGACACAUGCAGGAGGAGAUUAUCGGCGGGAGGAGAUACGGUAUAUAGAUCUUGAGUGCCCACUUUGGAAAACUCUAUUGGUUAGGAGGUAUCAAAUUCCACUUUCUCGUCUUUCUUUCUAUUCCUUGGCUUGCGGGUUGCAAGACAGAAUCUCUUGCUUUUUAUAUUGUUGCUUGAUACAGUACUUAUUGAUUAUUACUGUAAAAGAACUCUUGACGAGUACAUAUAUUCUUUCAAUUCAAUAAUCCCUUCCUUUCCUUUUUUCUCUUUUUCAAAACUCAAUUUCUACAAUUCCAACUCAAAAUGCCAUCUCCAUCCCAAAAAAUGAUUCUCUCCACUUUCCUCCUCCUCAACCGUAAGCUCACACUACCUCUCCCCACCCAUCAAAUUCACGUAUAUAUUAACGAAUCUACAGUCACCCUCCCCGUCCUCUCAGCAGGAACCCAAUUCAUCACCGGCGCCUGCACAUCCGACGCCGACUGCGCAGCAGGCUGCUGCGGCUUCAACACCGCAAAAUGCGCCGGGCCCAUCAUCGCCCUGCAACGCGACGGGGGCUGCGGCUUCGGAAGCGGAACGCCGAAUGAUAAUGCUGCUAAAGCAAUGGGGUUUACCGGUGGGAUUACUUCAGCGAAAGGUUCUUCCACUGGUGCUGGGACCGGCACUGGUACAUCACCAAGUCCUGCUGUUGGAGCGGCAGCAGCUAAGGGAACGCAAUUUAUUACUGGACCUUGUACGUCGGAUGCGGAUUGCGCAGCGGGAUGUUGCGGCUUCAACACGGGGAAGUGCGCGGGUCCCAUCAUCGCGCUACAGAGAGAUGGGGGAUGUGGGUUCGGAGGUACACCCAAUGACAACGCCGCCAAAGCAAUGGGUUUCACGGGAGGCAUUACUUCAGCGUCCAAAGGUACUUCUGGGACAAGCACCUCUGGGGGAACUACACCAAGUCCAGCUGUAGCUGCCACGGCAGCCAAAGGAACGCAGUUCAUUACUGGACCUUGUACUUCGGAUGCGGAUUGUGCGGCGGGGUGUUGUGGGUUUAAUAGUGGGAAGUGUGCGGGUCCUAUUAUUGCACAGCAGAGAGAUGGGGGGUGUGGGUUUGGGGAUAAGACGCCGAAUGAUGAUGCGGCGAAGAAACUUCGCGGUGCUAAGAGGGGGAUUCGAGGGUGGAAUCUUUAAGUGAUGGUGGCUUCUUUUUUGGGUUACGAAUGAUGAGGGAUUGGGGUUGGUUUGGAGUGUAAGGAUUUGGGAUACUGUCGUUUUUGGGCUUUUGGGCUUUUGGGGGGUUUUUAUGAGAGAUGUACUGUACACAAGGGAGUUGGAUUAUUGGGAUGGAUUGGGUAACAGAACGAACGAGCUAGAAGCUUGGAUCAGUAGAAACAGUAUGGGUUGGGUUGGUUUUGGUAGAUGCGGUGUUUUUGUGGAAUUUGACAUGUUACUUGGGUGGAUUCAAUUCUAGCUUUCUCAAGCGAGUCCUGUAUAUGUGGAAGCUUAAGCGAUGAGAUAUAUAAGGAAUGAUGUAUGUUUCGUUAGCCAAUUGAUGAAAUGAC